CAGCUGAAAGCUCGUCCGCCCCGGCCGGCGGAGGACAGACCUCGUCCUCUUCAUCGUCGGCGUCCACCUCGUCGUCGGCGGCGGCGAUGGGCUCCGUCUCCAAGAAAGCCAAGAAGGAGCUUCCUGCCACGGACUCAGGCUGCGGCAGCCCGGAGACGGAGAACGAGCUCCCGUCAGAGGACGACAGCAAGUACCCCGACGACCUGGACGACAAGAUCAAAGUGUUCAACUCCCCGCGGGUGCAGGGGAAGAAGACGGUGAUGGAGAAGCUGGGGGAGGUGGUGGACAUUGUGAGGAAGGGGGGGCCGGGGCCGGCGGGGCCGUCGGAGCAGCUGGCCGCCGUCCUCUUCAUGAGCCGGCUGCUGGAGGAGAAAGGCACGCAGGAGAAGAACUCCAUGAGGAGCGACUCGGCACAGACCAUCCGGGACAAGGUGUUGAAGCUGCUGGUGGAGAUGCUCGGCUCCUCCUCCAGAGACCUGGUGAUUGGCUCCCUGAGACUCACCCACCUCCUCAUGCUGCGGUACGAGUGGAGGGUUUCCUUCGCCACCGAGGGCGGAGUCAAGGCCGUGCUGUCCUGCAUGCAGGAGUUCUCCACCGUCACCCACGUCCAGCAGCUGGCGCUCGCAACUCUGAAGGUGAUCACGGGGGCGAGUAAGCACGACCUGCGCAGCGUGGGCAGCAGCGUCCCUCUCUCAGAGUCCGGCACCCAGAUGAUGUUGGAGAUCUUCGCCAGCAUCGGCUCGGCGACGCCGGAGGGCUCCCCGGGACUGCUGGGAGCCGUCCCCGCCGCCAUCGACCUCAUGCUCCAGACCAAAGG